AUGAGUGACUACACAUGUGCCAAAGAUCUUGUGGACAUGGCUUAUUUGAGCUGGUAUAAGCAGAAGACUAUGGAAUUGAUCGAACAGAAAAAAGCCGACAAACUGGAGAAGGAAAACGAACGAAAUCAAGACUUUAAAAUUCUUCGUGGUGGAUAUCUUUCUUUUAAACACCUCGAAAGGAUCAGACUUCUUGUAAAUAAAUUUGUCGACGAUGGAAAAAAAUAUUUUGCAGUUUGGCGAAUAGACCCUCCGUGGAAGCCAAUCACUGCAAGAGCCAAAGGAAAGAGAAUGGGAGGCGGAAAGGGACCAAUAUCUGAAUAUGUUGUCCCAGUGAAGGCUGAUAGGAUUCUGCUUGAAAUGGGAGGAUAUUGCGAGUUCUUUCACGUGGAAAGACUUUUGAAGACUUUGGCUUCCACUGCACCGAUGAAAGCCAGGGCUGUCAGUUAUGAAAUGUUGAUGGAAGAACGGAAGGCUCGUGAGAACGUGGAAUCUCAGAACCUUAAUAUAUUCACAAUGGACUACUGUAUUAAGAAUAAUAUGGCUGGGUGUCAUGAAUGGCUGUCCCGAUACGAGUAUGAUUGGGGAGGAAAAUAUCUUUAA